AUGAGCGAUUCUCAAAGCGACCAGCAAAAGGGUCUGCCCGCUUCAACAGCGACGCCGACAGCCAAGGCGGGCGCACGAAAGAAGACCCGACCCACCUAUUCUUGUCUAAACUGUCACAAACGGAAAGUCAAGUGUGAUAGAGUGAAGCCAUGCGGUGCCUGCUGUCUUCGAGGCACUCCGUCCGAGUGUGAAUAUGGCACCAGCAAGCGAGACCACCACUAUAUCCAGCAGUCGGUUUUGAUCGACAAUCUGAUGAAAACAUGUGAGGACCUGAAGAAGCAGCUGGCCGAAGCGCGAGCGUUGGCCAAUCUUCCGCCGGUAAAGCAUGAGGACCCAUUCUCAGUCUCGUCGCCAAAUGACCUCGAGAAGACGGUGGACGAGGAGGAGUCGCAAAACUCGGAGUCUCGAGAUUCAUCGUUGAACAAAAAGUCGUCCGACCCAUCAGAUAUAGUAACAUCUGAAACCACCAAUGUACCAUGGAAAACAAAUCAGUUGUCUCGAUCGCUCAGUGAAGACAAACGGAUCCUGACGGACCCAGCGGUCGCCAGUUCAUUCGUGGAGGUCUUUGUCGAGCGUCUCAUUGACAAUUUCAGCCCACAGCCAGCCUCCCUCUAUGGCGGCACGAUUGCCCUGCGCGAGGCAUCUCGCAUGCGAAUUCUGUCGCCCAUGCUGUGUACCGCAUUCGAGGCUGCCUCUCUGACAUUUGCCGGUCGACGGGAGCAGAUCCGCGAGGUGGAAGCUGUAGGACAUGCUCGCUACGUCCGGGUGCUCCGGCAACUGCAAAACGCCCUGAACGAUCCCAAACAGAACAAGUCGACCGAAGUGAUGGUUGUUGUAUUACUCUUCACCAUAAUCGAGGCCUUCAAGCAAAGCUCCAAACAUUCCCUGCUGAAGCAUCAACUCGGCGGCCUGCAAUUGCUGCAAGCGCGGACGCCAUACCGACAUCGGUACGGGAUCGAUCGGUCGCUGUACGUCGAUCUCCGCUUAUACUGGGUAGGUACCCUCUCUCAUUUCAGGACCGCGCUAACUGGCCAGGUUACCGCUGCGCUCGUCCAGCGCAAACCCACCUUCCUCGCGAGCAAGGAGUGGCUUACCGUCCCAUGGCCAGGAGACGCGCCACCCAAGGACAUCCUCCACCGACUGCUAGACAUCGCGGUGGACAUCCCCGCGUACCUCGGGCAGAUCGACGACUUCGCCGCGGCGCUCCGGUCCGGAACCGUGCCCUCGACCGAGCUCGUCGCACAGCAGACCGCCAUCUGGGACCGCGCGACGGAACUGCAGUCACGGUUGAACCUGUGGAAGAGCAUGUUCGCCGAUACCUAUCCCCCGGGUCGAGCAUGGGAGGAGCCCGCACCUGAUGCAGCGACCAAGUCCACGUCCGCAACGGAAACGAUCUUCCCGACAUUCAUGUGCCGGGACCCGGCGACGAUGGACCUCGUACCGGCCAAGUUACUCGUCUACCCGGACCUGCUCUCUGCAACCUGCAUGACCUACUACUGGGCACUACAUCUCAUCGUCUCAACGACAGACAGCGGGCUGGUGAGCGUGCUGGGCCUGCAGGACCGGUACCAGUAUGCAUGCAACAUCUGCCGCAGCAUGAAGUACUACGUGGAGAAUAUCCCGGGUUGUUUGGUAUCGCGGAUAAUGUUCGUGCUGCGGACGGCGUUUGAUGCGUUUGCGGACGGGAUGGUCGAGAAGGAGUUUGUGACUGAGGUGUUUCGGCAUAUUGCGGAUAAGUUCCAUUUUUCGGUUUUUGCGAACCAGUGUGCGUCGUCUUCGGUUAGGGGUUAG